CUAAAAAUUGAAGGGCCUUGACAACCCUUUUCCGUGUCCAAAAUUAACCAAACAAACUCGGAAUGUAUUUGGAAUAGGUUUCAAAUACAAAAGCCGUAUCAAAAAUUCACAUUCAUUUCGUUUGCCUCGCUGCACAGGUGUGCCGAACAGAAACAAAAAAGCAUGGCGCUACGAGCCUAUCUACGGGAGGGUCUGAACGUGGCCGCAAUUAUGGGAGCCGGCGAUACCAUGGCCCAGCUGUUCGUCGAGAAGAAGACGCUGCAGCAAUGGGAUACUGGACGAACGGCUCGAUUCAGUGCUCUUGGUCUGGUGCUUGUUGGCCCGAUUCUACGCAAAUGGUACCUGACGCUGGAGACGAUGGUGAGCAAGGAUCAGCCGUCACUGAGGCGCGGAAUAAAGAAGAUGGCAAUCGACCAGACCGUGUUUGCGCCGACUUUCACACUGGCCAUGUCGUUCGUGGUGCCCUUCGUCAACGGCGAGGAUACGGAUAAGAUUAAGAAGCGCAUUCGGGAAAGCUACUUCUCGAUUAUGAUUAAGAACUACAUGCUAUGGCCGGCGGCACAGUUCGUGAACUUCACGUUUGUCCCACUGCCGUACCAAGUUAUCUACGCACAGUUCAUUGCCCUUAUCUGGAACUGUUACAUCUCCCUCAUACUCAACAAAUAGAAAACUAAGUUACACAGCAGAUUGUACGGAUAAAAUGAAAUAAAUACAAUUUGUGUGCUGGA